AGAGAGAGAGAGAAAGAGAAAAAGAGAGAAAGCAGGAACAGGACAAAGAAAGAGAUCACAGAAGGAUGGCAAAACUAGUGUUUCUUUAAUAAUAAGAAGUAAAAGAAAUGGACAUCGAUUAAAAAUUUCUCCGAUCGAUAUAGAGAGAAAUAAAAAAAGCAAAAAAAAAAUAGAGACUGACCGCAAAAAAAAAACUAGAGAAGGUCUACCAAAGGUGGAUGCCGAAAGAUGUACGCUGCAGCAGGUGGUGCGAGUAUCGCGAGUCGGAGGAAGCAAAAGCGUCUACAGUUAUACAAACGUGGGGCCGAAGGUGGCCUAGGGACGAUAGGAAAAACCAAGACAACUUCGACGAAUCAAACUGCAACAAGAACAACAACAUCUACGACGACAACGAACAAGUUCGCUCGUCAGCAUCAGCAUCAGCAUCAGCACCACCACCACUACCACCACCACCAUCAUCACCAACACCAACACCACCACCACCACCACCAACACCAACACCAACACCACGUCCCACCAUCCUUCGCGGCACAAGCACCACAAUCAUCCCAAUUCCAUACGGGCAUCGAUCGACAGCAGCGUUCACGCGUCGAGAAGUGCCAACAACUAGCACCUGUCUCGCCCAUUCAAUUCCCCAUAUCGCCGCCACCGCUCUCACUGGAAUCAUCGGGUUCGGUCACCUGCGCCACUAGCAAGCCUAACAGCUUCCCUUUUCCGCCACCCUCGAUCCUCGAUCUAAGAAUCUCGCCUACUUCCACGCCGGAGCUACAGUGUCAAGGAGCUGGAAAGGUAGCAUGGCAGGGAUGUAACAGAUCGUCCCCUCUUCCUUUAUUCCCUAAUUUACCACAUGGCUGUCGCGGCGGCGAUGGCUACAAAACGAAACAGUGCGAGGCUCAUCGAAGAUGGAUGAAGAGGAACAGGAUACGAGAUGCCAGUUAUUGCUAUGGCAGUAGCGGAGAGGACGACGACGACGAUAUAAGCGGGAGCGUCAAUCGUCGUAGAGCCGAAGUGAAUGCAGCGGUGAACACCGUACUUUAUGCCGGGCUUGGUGCCACGGCUCUCGGCCUAGUGAUUUCGUUCGUUGGGACCGGUGAGAAAGGAUUUCUCAGUCCCGAGCUGAAACUAAUCGGACCAUCGUUACUGUGCGCUGGCCUACUUUGCUGCCUAUUUCGUGUAUUGCUUUGUCUAUGCCUGUGCCGCUGCGGCGAAUGCCGUUGGUGCCUUUGUAAGCAGUCCCGAAACAAGAAAGAAAAGGAAAAACAGAAGACGGAAACGCGUCCAUCCGGUCCAAUGCAGACAGCCUCGCUUCUUUCGCCAGUGCCACAGCAGCCAGCCACACACUCGUCUUGCCAAGUCUCGUCGUCGGCAAAGGGACAUGAACUCUUACUCUCUCCUGCCCAAUUACCUGAAUGAAAAUGAUUUCAAACGUUUUCUACCGAAUUCUACACGCCGAUCUACUGCCGAUUCUGUCCAAGGAAGAGGAAAGAAGAGACGAGAAAAGAAGGAAGGAAAGAAUAAAGGAAAAUGGAUGAAGUAGCAUAUCUCAACAUUAUUCGGCUUGAAACAAGUCUCAAGAUAUCAUACAAGAUAAUUUUAGUUUAAUGAAAGUUAGUGCUCACAGUGAGGAUAAUAAAAGAUCGGCCACGUUUUUUCUACCCCUCCGGUGUUUGAUGAAGUAAAGGAACGUUUGUUGAUAAA